AGUUAAAAAUAACAAAAAAAAAAAAAAAAUCAUAAUAUCAAGAAGACGAAGUCCGUCUCGCUCGUCUCUGAACCAACCAUAACCGAAAAGAAGACGAAGAAGAAGACGACGACGACGACGACGACGGCGACGGAGAAGAAGAACAACGAACGACGAACCUCUCUUCACCUUCAAUCCACGGCUCCGACCUCGAUGCAUUCAGUUUCUGCACCGCUUUUCCACAACCUCAUUCAUUAUUAUUACCUAAUCUAAUCUCUACUUCUCAAGGUUUCUUGAAUAAGAAGAAGAAGGAUAAUAAUUAGUAUCGGAAUAUAAUUACGUACCUUGAUAGAUAUAGAAGUGGUGUGAUGAGCUAUAAUGGCAGCUCAACAAUCUUCUCGUCUUCAUCGUCUGCUCACUCUUUUGGACACUGGUUCGUCACAGUCCACAAGGUUCACUGCUGCUCGUCAGAUUGGGGAAAUAGCCAAAUCGCAUCCUCAAGACUUGGUAUCUCUUUUGAAAAAGGUUUGUCAGUAUCUUCGUAGCAAAAACUGGGAUACGAGGGUUGCUGCUGCUCGUGCUAUUGGGGCUAUAGCUGAGAAUGUUAAUCACACAUCUUUGCCUCAACUUCUUUCUUCAUUCAAAUCAAAAUUGUCUGACUUUGGAAUGCCUGGUAUUUCUGAAGAUUUGCUUGCAUUGCCAGAUUUUCAUUCCAACGUUGCUGGCAUCUCUUUCAGGAGCUUUAAUAUCAACAAAGUGCUCGAGUUUGGCGCUUUAUUGGCAUCUGGAGGACAGGAAUAUGACAUUGCGUAUGAUAGUUUGAAGAACCCAAGGGAAAGGUUGGCUCGUCAGAAGCAAAAUCUUCGGCGACGUUUAGGCUUGGAAGUAUGUGAGCAGUUCAUGGAUGUAAAUGAUAUGAUAAGAGAUGAAGACCUUAUUAUGCAGAGCUCUCAUGGAAAUGGAAUAAAUCAGAGAGUUUAUGUACCACAUAAUAUUCAGCGAUUAGUUGCAGAUAUGGUUCCAAACAUCAUGUCGAGAAGGCCUAGUCCAAGAGAAAGGAAUCUUCUCAAACGAAAAGCAAAAAUUAGCUCAAAAGACCAAAUGAAAGGUUGGUCUGAGGAUGGCGACUCAAGGGUGUUGGGUGUACAGAAUGUGACUGUGCCAAAGGUCCUAAGUGCCGAUUCCUUAAGUUCUAGUAAGGCCUCUAUGGAUGUUAAUGAUGAUGAAGACGGCUCGGACCAUGACAAAGAUGGAUUGUGGCCUUUCCAUAGUUUUGUCGAGCAACUUCUACUUGAUAUGUUUGAUCCUGUAUGGGAAGUUCGGCAUGGAAGUGUGAUGGCUCUAAGGGAAAUUUUAACUCACCAAGGAGCUUCUGCUGGAGUAUUUAUGCCUGACUUGAGCUUGGAUGGUGCACAGUUUUUUCAACUAGAAGAUGAAUUUGUAUCACAUAGAAUGAAGAGAGAAAGAGCGAUUGAUUUGAAUAUACAAGGUCCAACUGAUGAGUUUGAACCGAACAUGAAAAUGCCAAAGUUUACUGAUGUGUCGUCUCCAUGGGUGGAUACAAUGUCUGUUGCCAACAUAGAUUGUAACACUGACAUCAAUAUAAAGGUUGAAGAUGAUAGUAUCUGUGAUCUGCCCGCUGAGCCCGUUACUGAGUUCUCUAAUGUUAGCACUGUUAAGGUGGAAUCAGAUUCUCACCUUGAUAUUACAUUGCAUUCGAAGGAAGAAGAUAUUACAUUGUAUUCAAAUAAAGAAGAUACUGCACAGUAUUCGAAUAAAGAAGAGACUACACUGUAUUCAAAUAAAGAAGUAACUGAAACGGCCUUGUUCGAGGACUCCUCCAGCAUUAAGGAAACAGAUGUGAUGAGAAACAUAUCUGAAAAUUCUGAGCUGAUGAACUGGAUUAAAUUGGCUAGGCAUUCAUGGCUUAAGAACUGCCAAUUUCUUCAAGAAUGUGCAAUCCGUUUCCUUUGUGUUUUAUCACUAGACCGUUUUGGAGAUUAUGUAUCUGAUCAGGUUGUUGCACCAGUACGGGAAACCUGUGCUCAGGCAUUAGGUGUUGUUUUCAAGUACAUGCAUCCCACUCUACUCCAUGAAACAUUGACUAUCUUGCUGGAGAUGCAGGUAAAUUUCAUACCAGAAUGGGAGAUUCGCCAUGGAAGUCUGUUGGGUAUCAAGUAUUUGGUAGCUGUAAGGAAGGAGAUGCUUCAUGAAUUGCUUGGACGUGUUCUCCCCGCAUGUAAAGCUGGGCUGGAGGACCCUGAUGAUGAUGUUCGAGCUGUGGCAGCUGAUGCUUUGAUUCCAACAGCCGCUGCAAUUGUUAGCUUACAGGGUCAGACAUUGAAUUCCAUAGUGAUGUUGCUAUGGGAUAUAUUACUUGAUUUGGAUGAUUUGAGUCCAUCUACGAGCAGUGUGAUGAAUUUGUUAGCAGAAAUUUAUUCCCAGGAUGAAAUAUUUCCUAAAAUGUUGGGAAGGUCGAAAGAUAGCCAAGGAUUUGAUCUAAAUGAGGUAGGCUGCAUUGAUGAUACUGGAGGAGUGAAUUUGCAGGAGAAUCCUUUUAUGUUAGCAACAUUGGCUCCACGUUUAUGGCCAUUUAUGAGACAUAGUAUCACAUCGGUCCGUUAUUCAGCUAUUCGCACUUUGGAGCGAUUGCUUGAAGCUGGAUAUAAAAGGAACAUUUCUGACUCUGGUAGCUCUUCAUUUUGGCCUUCAUUUAUACUCGGUGAUACCCUUCGAAUUGUCUUCCAGAAUUUGCUGUUGGAUUCAAAUGAUGAAAUUUUGCAAUGUUCUGAGAGAGUUUGGAGGCUCCUUGUUCAGUCUCCGAAGGAGGACCUGGAAAUUGCUGCAAGGUCGUACAUGUCUUCUUGGAUUGAGCUUGCAAGUACUCCAUAUGGUUCGGUAUUAGAUGCUACAAAAAUGUUUUGGCCGGUUGCUCUUCCACGGAAAAGUCAUUUUAGAGCAGCAGCUAAAAUGAGAGCUGUGAAUCUUGAAAAUGAGUUUUAUAGAAAUAUCUCCUUAGAAUCUACAAAUGGAGCUAUUCCACAUGAGAGAAUGGGAGAGGCUUCCAUUAAUCCUGUUAAGAUUGUUGUUGGUACUGAUGUGGAAAUGUCAGUGACUCAUACCCGAGUGGUCACAGCAACAGCAUUGGGCAUUUUUGCGUCUAUGUUGGAAGAAGGGUCUACACAACAUGUUGUUGAUCCACUAUCGAAUGCACUGGCCUCUCUUUCUGGUGUCCAGCGGCAGGUGGCAUCUAUGAUUCUAAUUUCUUGGUUCAAAGAGAUAAAAGUCAGGGGUUCAAAUGAAAAUCAAGGAACUAUGUCUCGAUUUCCCAGUCAUCUUAGAAAUUGGCUGUUGGACUUGUUGGCAUGCUCCGAUCCUACAUUCCCUACUAAAGAAUCACUUCUACCUUAUUUAGAGCUUUCAAGAACCUAUUCUAAGAUGCGUGGUGAGGCUAGUCAGUUAUUACGUACUAUGGAAUCAUCGGGUAUCUUCGAUAACCUGUCAGCAAUUACAAAGCCUGAUUGUGAAACUUUGAGUGCGGAUGAUGCCAUAAGUUUUGCAUCCAAUGUUCCAGCCUUGUGUAAUGAUAAUAUCGGGAGUAAAUCUGUUCCACAUCUUGAGGAUAUGGAGUCAGCAAAGCAACGACUUCUUACAACUUCAGGAUAUUUGAAAUGUGUUCAGAGUAAUCUCCAUGUUUCAGUCUCUGCCCUCGUUGCUGCGGCAGUUGUUUGGAUGUCAGAGCUUCCCGCGCGGCUUAAUCCAAUUAUCUUGCCUCUAAUGGCUUCAAUCAGAAGAGAACAGGAGGAGAAACUGCAAGAGAAGGCUGCUGAAGCGCUUGCAGAACUUAUUUAUUAUUGUGUUUCGCGUAAGCCUAGCCCAAAUGAUAAAUUAAUUAAGAAUGUAUGUACUCUAACAUGCUUGGAUCCUUGCGAGACACCUCAAGCUGCAGUUAUUGGCUCCAAGGGAAUUAUUGACGAUCAAGAUCUUCUUUCAUUUGGGACCGUGACUAAUAAGCAGAAAACGAAGGGUCAGAUGAUUGCUGGUGGUGAAGACCGGUCAAAGGUUGAGGGCUUCAUUAGCAGACGAGGGUCUGAACUUGCAUUGAAGCAUCUCUGUGAGAAGUUUGGUGCUUCUUUAUUUGAUAAGCUUCCUAAAUUGUGGGAUUGCCUGGCAGAAGUUCUUAACCCUACCACUAACGACUCCUCUUUAACUCCAAAUGAGAAUCAAGUUACACAAAUUAUUGACUCUGUUCAGGAUCCUCAAAUUUUGAUAAACAACAUCCAGGUUGUGCGUUCUAUUGUUCCUUUGUUAAACGAGGCACUUAAACCGAAACUUCUCACCCUUCUUCCAUGCCUUUUCUAUUGCAUUCGUCAUCCCCACAUAGCUGUUAGAUUAGCUUCUUCUCGGUGCAUUACUUCAAUGGCCAAGUCAAUGACAGUACAUGCAAUGGGAGCUAUAGUUGAAAAUGCUAUUCAGAUGUUAGGAGAUAAUUCUUCUGUUAGUGCAAGACAAGGUGCAGGCAUGCUGAUCAGUUUGCUCGUUCAGGGAUUGGGUCAGGAGCUUGUUUCCUAUUCUCCAUUGUUAGUUGUUCCACUUUUAAGGUGCAUGAGUGAUUGUGAUCAGUCUGUGAGACAAAGUGUGACACAUAGUUUUGCCGCCCUUGUACCUCUUCUUCCAUUGGCAAGAGGCCUUCCCCCACCUGUUGGACUAAGCGAUAGUUUCUCUAGGAGUUCCGAAGAUGCACAGUUUCUGGAGCAACUACUUGACAACUCCAAUAUCGAUGAUUACAAACUCUCUACUGAUUUGAAAGUAACACUAAGGAGGUAUCAACAAGAAGGUAUAAAUUGGCUGGCUUUCUUAAAACGUUUCAAGCUUCAUGGAAUUUUAUGUGAUGAUAUGGGGCUUGGCAAAACACUUCAAGCAUCAGCUAUUGUGGCUUCUGACAUAGUUGAGUGCCGUGCUUCAAAUAACAAUGAGAGCUGUUCACCAUCUCUGAUUAUUUGCCCGUCAACCCUGGUCGGACACUGGGCCUUUGAGAUAGAGAAGUAUAUAGAUGUUUCGGUCAUAUCUACUCUUCAGUAUGUUGGUUCUGCUCAAGACCGCGUUUCUCUUAGAGAUCAUUUUGAUAAGCAUAAUGUAAUAAUAACAUCAUAUGAUGUGAUUCGUAAAGACAUUGAUCAUCUUGGGAAGCUUCUAUGGAAUUAUUGUAUCUUAGAUGAAGGACAUAUCAUAAAGAAUGCGAAGUCUAAAAUUACAAAUGCAGUGAAACAGUUAAAAGCUCAGCACCGAUUGAUUUUGAGUGGAACACCAAUUCAGAAUAACGUCAUGGACUUGUGGUCCCUUUUUGAUUUUUUAAUGCCGGGCUUCCUUGGAACUGAGAGACAGUUCCAAGCCACUUACGGGAAACCAUUAGUAGCAGCCAGAGAUCCUAAAUGUUCUGCCAAGGAUGCUGAAGCGGGGGCACUAGCUAUGGAAGCAUUGCACAAACAGGUCAUGCCUUUCCUCCUUCGACGAACAAAGGAUGAAGUUUUGUCUGAUCUUCCAGAGAAAAUUAUUCAAGACAGAUACUGCGACCUGAGCCCUGUACAAUUAAAACUUUACGAGCAAUUUUCCGGCUCACAUGUAAAACACGAAAUCUCAAGUAUUGUGAAAUCGAAUGAGUCAGGAGAUACAGGAGAAGGAAGCAGUGUAUCAACCAAAGCAUCUUCACAUGUUUUCCAGGCACUUCAAUAUUUGUUAAAACUUUGUAGUCAUCCAUUGCUUGUUCUUGGAGAUAAGAUCCCCGAUUCGAUUGAAUGCCUUUUUUCUGAGCAACAUGCUAGUUCCGACACAAUUUCGGAAUUGCAUAGACCUUGCCACUCUCCCAAACUCGUUGCACUUCAGGAGAUACUGGAAGAGUGUGGGAUAGGCGUUGAUGCAUCUAAUUCUGAUGCUUCAGUGGGUGUCGGUCAGCAUAGAGUCUUAAUAUUUGCUCAGCAUAAGGCCUUUCUGGACAUUAUAGAAAGAGACUUGUUUCAGACCUACAUGAAAAGUGUAACUUACUUGAGGUUGGAUGGAUCGGUUGAACCAGAAAAACGUUUCGACAUUGUUAAAGCUUUCAAUUCAGACCCUACUAUUGAUGUCUUGCUAUUGACUACACACGUCGGUGGCCUCGGGCUGAACCUGACAUCGGCGGACACACUUGUUUUCAUGGAGCACGACUGGAAUCCAAUGCGAGAUCUUCAGGCAAUGGAUAGAGCACACAGAUUAGGUCAGAAAAAAGUAGUGAACGUUCAUCGUCUGAUAAUGCGCGGAACCUUGGAAGAGAAAGUCAUGAGCUUGCAAAAGUUCAAAGUUUCGGUUGCUAAUGCAGUGAUUAAUUCAGAAAACGCCAGCAUGAAAACAAUGAACACCGAUCAGUUACUCGAUCUCUUUGCAUCAGCAGAGACUUCUAAGAAGGGAACUUCUGUAUUGAAGCAAACGGAUAAUAAUUUCGAUGGAGAUGCGAAGUUACCGGGAAGCAAGAAGGGUUUAAAAGCCAUUCUUGGUGGGCUAGAAGAGCUAUGGGAUCACUCACAGUACACCGAAGAAUACAAUCUAAAUCAAUUCUUGUCAAAGCUUAGUGGCUAAAAAAAUUGGCGUUUUUCCACUUUGUGUAUAGUAUUGUAUUUUUCCCAGAGCGAGGAAAUUUUGACAGCGUGGAAUCAUUAUCAGUCAUCAUCAGCAGCCGCCCCCAUCUCUUCCCGUAUUUAUUUCGUCCAAUUUAAUAUUCUUUGGUCGUUCUCGUCCUCGUCGUCUACAUGGCUGUUAUAUUAUGAAAGCAGGAAUGGAAUGGAAUGGAGGGGGAAUGAAUGUAGUUGGGGAAGAAGAAUGGUUUUUCCUUUGUUUUUUAAUCUUAGAAGAAGAAAGGGUUUAGGGAAGGGAAAAGAGAAUAUUGUAAAUUUCGGAUAUUGUAAAUACAAUCACUUUCUAUUUCUUUUUUUUUUUUUAAUUUUUUUUUUCUUUUUUCCCUAAAAUAGUAUUAAUCUCUAUCUAGCUAUGAACAACGUAACAAACAGGUUUUUUUUACAUCCAUAUGAUGACACAACACAACAUAAAA